GCAGAGAAGGUAGUGAAGCGAAGUACCCGCGCAAUUUUCGCCUGUUCCUGUUCUGUGAAAACACGUGAAAGUCACCGUGUUCGUUCAUGGUUCGUUGCUUGGCAGCCGCUGUCAACACGAAGGCCAGCCUCAGGUAUUGAGCAGGUCACGAAUGUGAAAAAACUCCUGCUCUGCACACGACUUAGCUGCCUGCUCGUACCUGUUUCAUUGCUGUCUCCUGCCAAGUACUCCAGGGACAUAUUACUAGAGAUGACUGCAAAACGGAAGAUGAUUCACAGAUGGAGUGAUAACAAGGAUCCUCUGCUGAAGCCAUUUGAGCAUGGUUUCAAAAGAGAAAUUGUGCUGAGAAGUGACAGCGCAUCAAAGAGAGCAGAUGUUUAUUAUUAUAGCCAGAAGGGCAACAAACUGAGGUCUAUGCCAGAAGUCUUCACUUACUUGCGGAAACAUACCGGUAUGGGGCUGACAGAAGUCAACUUCACUUUCUGCACAUGUGCAAUCUACUCUCCACCCUAUGAAGUUGUAAGACAGGCAAAUCCCAGAAAUACGGUCUCUGCAGACGUUAUGAUGAAAAAAACAACAGGCAAGCAGAGACAGCGCAAGGAGGCGAAAGAGGGAUAUGUAGAUGAUUCUGUCCUAAACUACGGAGACUUUGGAGCUUUUUUUAAGGAACAAAACGUGAUCUGUGCACAACUAGCGGUAUCCGUAUCUCGGGAUCUGCCUCUGCUUGACUCACAAAGUUUGAAAGAUGCCCCAACUGGAAUGGAGAACACAGACACAAGAUGUACAGUUUUCGGAGGUGUGACAGGUGAACGGCCUGGUUCUUCUCGAGACAAGAAGGCACCAAAACUUGUGUCCAAAGACAAGGGGAGCAGGAAGAGAAAACUCCCUGGGAGCAUGGAAGCAACUACAUCAAAGGCAAAAUCCAAGCAGCGGAGCUCAUCCUCACAAGCUUUGAGGGUUGCUGGAGAAAGCGUUCCUAGAAAAGUACAGAAAGAAGGUCAGCGUUCCAUUGUGAAUUACAUCAAUGUAUCACAGAAAAAAGGAAAGCAGAGGCAGGCAGAGGAACAAGAUAAAUAUAGUACCAUGACAACUGUUCCGCAGAAGGUGAAGCAACCAGAAGGAGAACAGCGUGAUGGCAAAACAGAAGCAGCAAAACUAGACUGUGGUGUAAAUGCAGGCAAUAUGACCUUAAAACCAAAGGGGGCUUUGUCAAAGCCUGGAGGCAUGACAGUAGGUGGGUGGGUGGACCUUCCGCCUUUUGAAAGUCAGCCUCGUGGAAUACACAGUGUUUCUGCAGAAUCAGUACAUGAUGGAGGCCAAGAAAGUGGAAGUGUCCGAGAACUGUUACAGAUGAAGGGACAGAAGAAGAAGCUAGCGCAGGAAAAGUGUCGUGCAGGAAAGUUAUCGCGCAACAAGGAAUUAAAUCGUCACAAAGGUCAUGGAAGAAAAACUUCUUUGCAAAAAGAGAGAAAGGCUUCCACAGAAACAGGACUUCAAUCUGAGAAAAAUGAAGAUAAUUCUUCAGUGACCAUAAAAAAGAAAGGUCAAAGAAAGAAGCGAGAGAAGAUAAAAGAGAGAGCAAGGGAACAUGUACAGUUUAACAAUGAGAAUGUGUUGAAGAAGGAAGUAUCAAGCAUAGUAACAAAGCAGAGCAAGGAUUAUUCUUCACCACUCUGUCCUUUGCAAGAAGGUUCAUUGAAAAGGAACUUACACAAAAGAAGAACCUUAGAGGACUUUGGUUUUGCACAUUCAAAAGAGCAAGAGAAGAUGUUAUCGUUUGUAUCAGAUGAGAAUGAUGAAGAGAACAUGAAGAGCAGCUAUAUCUUGGAUAAGCGUGCAUCAUCUGUAGUUAAUAAAAAGGCAGUUGACCAGCCUGUGCGUAUCAAAAGGGGUGUAAACAAAGGUAUCAACGCUGUAUCAAAGGUCACGUCGGGAGACGAGAGAGAAGCCAGAGCAGAUCCUUUUGUCAAACCUUACCUGCUCCCAUGGGAGUCCACACCUACAGAGUAUUCUGAAGUCCAAGGAGAUGUGCCCCAACCAAUCACUGACACUGCAAAGUUGCAUGCUAUCAGUUAUGUCCCAUCACCAAAGAAAGACAGGACGCAAUUGUACAGACCCGAUACAGAGAAAAGGGUGCCGUACAAUCCAGGAAGCCAAGUUUAUGCAGCUGCUGUGAUGUCUCCUAGCAAGACAACUGUAGUCUGUUUCGAAGAGGAGAUAAAAUCAUUCAGCGAUGUGAAGGAGCUCAAUGACAAGCACAUAAAGUAUCUGUUCAAGAAAUAUAUGCCAGAGAUGCAAGGAAUUGUAGAGAAAAAGAUCUAUAGUUGGCGAAACAAUGACUACCACAAGGGUGGAAAAGCAAAACGCAUGCUCACGUACAAGGUGUACCCCUCUGCAUUCUUAGAUGAGCAGGUCAGUCUCAUAUCCGAUAUGUUCAUCGAUGAAUACGUUAUCAGGAGGAAGUUGACCGGUGACUAUCUAAGCCAAGUUCUCCUGCCCGAGUUCCUCAUCCGAGUUCACAUGGCAACCAAUGGCACAACUCACGAAGAAAGUGACAGAUUGAUGGCUUCCACACCGGUUAAGUUGUUCAAUGUGCCUACACACUUGUAAUUUACUUAAUUUCAAAAGCUUUGAAUAUUUGUGUGUGUAUUAUAAGGCAACACUAUUGGGAAAGAGUGGACAUCUCCUGUGUUAUUGCAUCGUAUCAUAUGUACAUUAUCAUUACAUGGCAUUGUAUGAAAAUAUAUCAUGGGAAAAGCAACAUCAUGGUGUAUUGACUGCUAGUCUAUAAAUAAAAGAUAGCUAUGUCUCUGUCCA